CUCGUCACUCAUAUAUAACCGCACUCGUGGAAUUUGAAAUAAUUCCGUAUCCUUUCUCUAGAGCCUUCUAGACAGCAUAGCAAAUCCUCUUCUGAGCUGCUCCCUCUCGCUUCCAUCAAUGUCGCUGAUGGAGUUUUGGGGUGCUGAGGUCAAAAGUGGAGAGUCCCUUGAGGUGGAUCCUGGUCAGGGUGUGGUGUUGCAUCUUUCACAGGCUUCUAUUGGAGAGGUUAAGAAGGACAAAGCAAAUGAAAGAAUCUGCUUGUUUGUGAAAGUUGAUGAUCAAAAGCUUACUCUUGGAACCGUGUCUUCUGAGAAAUUACCUCAGAUAUCUUUUGAUCUGGUGUUUGAAAAGAAAUUCCAGUUAUCCCAUAACUGGAAAAAGGGAAGUGUCUACUUCACCGGAUAUAGAGCUUAUGUAACCAAAGAUGAUGAGUCUUCAGAAUCUGAUACUUAUUUUGAUACGGAAGCUAAUUCGGAGGAGGAUUUUCGAGUGGAUCCCCAUCAUAUUGGAAAAUCUGAGUUAGAAGUUAAACAAGCUGCAAAGCCUAAUGUUACCACAGCUAAGCAGGUGAGGAUUGUGGAACCAAAUAAAGUUGAAGAUGCUGAUGAAGAUGUGGAUGAGGACACAUCUUCAGAUGAGGAAUCAUCUGAUGAGUCUGAUGAUGAGGAGCACUUGAUUGAUAGUUUUGGUUCUCAGGCUAAGGCAAGUAGUGAGGAAGAAAGCAGUGAAGAUGAUGAUGGCAGUGAUGAUGACAGUAGCGAAGACGAGGAUAAAGAGAUUCCAAAGGAGUUGAAGGCCAAAGCAAACACGAAGAGAUCCAUGGAACCUGCCAAAAAAACCCCUGCUGAUAAGAAGGCAAAAUUCAGUAGUCCUGAGAAGACUGAUAUCAAGAAAUUUAGUGGCCGUGUAGCAACUCCUCACCCUUCAAAGCAGACCGUUACAAAACAGCAGACUCCAAAAUCAGGAAGAGCAUACCCUUGCAAAUCGUGUAACAGCAGGUCGUUCAGCUCAGAAACUGGUUUGCAGUCUCAUACAAAGGCAAAACACAGUGCUGCACAGUAAUAUACUUUUUGGUGACCUUAAUCUUUGGGAUGUCCUAGAAAAACGUAGUGUUAGUUUUGGUAAAAUGUAAAAGGAGGGAGUAGUUCGGUAUGUUGUGUCGAUCUUUUUGGGCAUUUUUAUUGGCAUUCCUUGAUGCAAACUUUGAUGGAGUUCUUUUCCGAUCUAAAUUCAGAAUUGAUUGUCGUAAUUGUCAAUCUUUUGGUGAUGGUUCGCACGAUUGUCCGACUGUUAUUAUAGCGUCGGCAAUUUAUUUCUGAAGCCGAUCUUAUGUUUGCCU